GCUCCGCUCGCCCGGCUGGGGUCCGUGUGUCUGCGCGUCGGGCGGGCUGUGCCGGGUGGGGGGGCCGUGCUUCGCUCGCGGGCGGGCGCGGGGACCCCCAGCCUUGACCUCCCUCCCGACGUCUCGGCCUCAGAGGUGCGGCGGAGCGGCUGCGGCCCCCCGGGGACUCGGCCCGGGGCAACCACGGCCCUCGCCGCUCGGGGCUCGCAUGGGAGGCGGCGGGAGGUGCGGCCGGGCAUGUUCAGGCUGAUGGCCAGUUGCUGCAGCUGGUUCAAGCGCUGGCGGGAGCCCAUCAGAAAGGUGACUCUUGUGAUGGUGGGACUUGAUAAUGCUGGUAAAACGGCAACGGCAAAGGGAAUCCAAGGAGAGUAUCCUGAAGAUGUAGCUCCUACUGUUGGAUUUUCCAAAAUCGACCUUAGGCAAGGAAAGUUUGAAGUCACCAUCUUUGAUUUGGGAGGUGGAAAAAGAAUUCGGGGAAUCUGGAAGAAUUAUUAUGCUGAGGCCUAUGGGGUAAUAUUUGUUGUGGAUUCCAGUGAUGAAGAGAGAAUGGAAGAGACAAAAGAGACAAUGUCAGAAGUGCUGAGACAUCCUAGGAUAUCGGGAAAGCCUAUAUUGGUGUUGGCAAAUAAACAAGACAAGGAAGGGGCUUUAGGAGAAGCUGAUGUGAUUGAAUGCCUAUCUCUGGAAAAAUUAGUCAAUGAGCACAAGUGCCUAUGUCAAAUAGAACCUUGUUCAGCAGUCUUGGGCUAUGGAAAGAAAAUUGACAAGUCCAUUAAAAAAGGCCUUUAUUGGCUACUACAUAUCAUUGCAAGAGACUUUGAUACCUUAAAUGAACGCAUCCAAAGGGAUAUAACAGAACAGCGUGCUCUUGAAGAACAAGAGAAACGAGAAAGGGCUGAACGAGUGAGAAAAUUACGAGAAGAGAGAGAACAAAGGGAGCGAGAGCAAGCGGAACUGAAUGGAAGCAGCAGCCUGGCUGAGUUGGACCCCGAACCAAUUACUGUUAAUCCUUUCCAGCCAAUAGCAUCUGUCAUUCUUGAGAAUGAAAGAAAACUUGAAAAAGAGAAAAGGAGACAGAAUAUGGAGAAAGACAGUGAUGGCCGCCCCCUGAAACAUAAAGUGGAGCAUGAGCAAAUAGAGACACAGAGCCAGAUCAGUGAUAGUAGCCAAAAAACCAAUGAGCUUGGAGUAGUAGAAAAUUACAAGGAGGCUUUAACACAGCAGUUGGAGAAUGAAGUUGAGACAGACCAGCGAUCAUCAGAAUCAGAUAAUAGUAAAAAGAAAACUAAGAAACUAAGAAUAAAAAGGAGUCACCGUGUAGAACCUGUUAAUACAGAUGACUCUGCUCCUAAGAGUCCAACACCACCCCCACCUCCUCCUCCUGUUGGCUGGGGAACCCUUAAAGUCACUAGACUUCCAAAACUUGAGCCUCUUGGUGAAACACGUCAUAAUGAUUUCUAUGGAAAGCCAUUGCCUCCCCUGGCUGUGCAACAGAGACCUAACAGUGAUGCUCAUGAUGUGAUUUCAUAACCAAGUCGCAUGGAUGCACUCUUCUAAUAUAGGCAAGAUCCACUAGAGGACCUUCUUUCUCAAAGAAGAAGAAAAACCCAAAACAUUGAUGACUGGGGCAAGAUAACCAUAGUAUGAUUUCUGUAAGGCGAUGAAUAGUCAAAGACCUGACUGAUCUGACAACUAUCCAUGUUAUUCAUUUUUUGUUGUUGUUGUUUUUGUUUUUUGUUUUGUUGUUUUUUUUUUUUUUUUUAAGGAAGCAAAAUGACCAGUAGAUGGGAUGAGGAUUUGAAUCAAUUUAGCAGGAGUUACUGUUGACUCUGGAUUUUACAGUCCCACUCAUGGGCAUAUUCCUGAAGGAAAACCUUUUUACAAAAAGAGCCGAUGGACUCCCUACUUUCUUUACUAUUUGUUUAAUAGUCUUUAUUACUGUAUCUUACAUAUUUUUUUGUAAGAUAUAUGUGCAUGGAAGGGGAACUCUUGGGAAUUUAUAACCUAAGUUUUUAACUUUUUAUAUUUUUCUACAACUUAAAAGAAUUUUAAUUACCAUGAUAUUGACUGCACUUUUCUAUAAAUGGUUUGUUUAAAUUGUGUCUGGAAAUGGAGUUGAUUUACUUGACAAACAUGAACUAUACAAACAGGAUGUAUUUAUAUGGCUUCAGGUAUGUUUUAUAAGAGUAUUGUCCUUGAAUUAUACAUCUUAAUUUUACUUAAUUUUAAAAUAAUACCUUUUUAAAAUAGGUUCUUAGAUCUUUAUUCUUCCAAAUUAUGUUAUCUGAAAACACUACCCAAGGAGGGCUCCAUUUUUUUGUUGUUGUUUGCUUUUUUUUGGUGAUCAGAUAAAUGAAAGAGACUUGAAAUACUUUCUUGAUCUAAGUGCUUUUUAAAUUAAUUAAAUGUUAUGUUGAGAUAUUAUUAAAAUUCUCAAUGAACACCUCUUUCAUAGGAUAGACCUUUUCAGAUCUAGGUGCUCCUUGUCACUCUCAUUCUAUCAGAAGCCACAGUGACUCGUUUAGGUUAUUCUAAUUCUUUUGUGCCUUUAAAAUAAAGGCAAAAAGACUGAAAAAGCCACUGUGGGUACAGAGACUUGUGUUUUAUAAUCAGAUAAUGCUUGUAUACUAAGUCAAUAAGAACAAAAAUGUUGGUUUAAAAUUACUUUUAUAAGGAAAUAAAUCUAAAAUAAUUUCCCAAUUUAAAAGAAUAGCACUUCUCUUGCACUGAAGAAUGUCAUCUAUAGGAUUCUCUAGGCAAACUUUGAGAAAUAUAUUUUGAGUAAUAGAUUUAUAAUGUUGCAUUUAAUUGAAAGUAUAUACAUUUAUAUCAAGGUGAAAAUGCUAUAAACAAUAUGACUCCUUUUCACUUUAUUAAAAUUGGUAAGUUUGGUAACUUGUACUGACAACAAACAUAACUAGUAUCUAACAAUAACAAGAUUAAGUAUGUCUAAGGCAGUUUAAUAUGAUUGUUUAUUUUAAAAAUUUUACUUUGGUGCAUCACAUUUUUUAAGUCCCUGAACUUUCCUUAAUCAGGUCGCUUAUUACUCUAGUCAGCAUCAGAAUGCAGUUUCUUGAAAUUCUGGGCAUAGGACAUCAGGGACACUGAGUAAAAAACAUUCUACUUCAGAUAUAAAAUCAUAACACCCUAAAUUUGAUAGGUGGCCGAAAUGUAACGAAACCAACACAAGAAGAUAGAAUGUAAAUUUUGAACUUAAUUUUAGAGAAAAACUUGUUUGUGUAUCUUUUUGGUUCCUGUGUGUAACAUUUACACUUACUCAUUUUUUUUUAAACACUAAACCUAUACUCUUGUCAUCUUUUUAAUUUUCAUCUAGUUUAAGAGUAAAUAAAAUUCUAAAAUUUUUUUUAUUUCCUAUAAGUGAUUACUGUAGUAGACAGUAAUACUGUUCAUUUAUUAAAAAUGAGUAAAAAUGAUUUUGAAACUAAAUACGAUAAAGUAAAUGUUUAUAUAUUUCUCUCAAAAGAUUAAUUUGUAUUCUUAAAGCAUUCUAAAAAUAUUUUAAAAGAAGUUUUGUAAAUCCAGGUUGCUUUUAACAAGUAAAUGCCUUUUAUGUCAUAUGCUGCAUUUUUAUUCUUAA